UGGCGGGGGCGCGCAGGCGCUGGCGUGCUGGGGCCGCGGCGGCGGCGGUAGCGGCGGUGGCGGCGGCGGCGGCGGCGCGGGGGUUGAGCCGUGGUAGUGCGGACGCGCUCGUGCUCGGGAACUAUCGGAUUAAACUUGAAUCGAGUGAAAUUACACAAAGGAGCGCCGCUGAGGAGGCGGCCCGGGGACCCGGAGACCCUGAAACUCGCCAGAGCCCCGUUCGCUCCCGGCCAACUCCGCGCCCGUGGAUUCAGCCCCCCGGCCGCGGCCGCCCAGCCAACUCCGGAGCCUGCUCUGCGUUUUGUUUCUCCCUCGGCACCGGGCAGCGGAGGAGCCCGCCCGACCGACCGAGCCGGACCUAUAUCCAGAUUUUGCCUGACACUGCGGGGUCCAGGAGAAUUAAAGGAAUAUAGAAUGACAGGAAGAAGAUUAGUUGAGGAUUACAGGCCUUGAGGACGAGCACCUCAGUGAAGAGAAGCACAGACAAGCUCCCGAGCUAUAGCUGGGAGGAAGGAGCCGCGUGUUGGAAGAAGAUGGCGGAUCCAGGAAUGAUGAGUCUCUUUGGCGAGGAUGGGAAUAUUUUCAGUGAAGGCCUCGAAGGCCUUGGCGAUUGUGGUUACCCGGAAAAUCCAGUGAACCCCAUGGGUCAGCAAAUGCCCCUAGACCAGGGAUUUGCCUCUCUACAGCCCUCCCUUCACCAUCCCUCCCCUAAUCAGAAUCAAACCAAGCUGACCCAUUUCGAUCACUACAAUCAGUAUGAGCAGCAGAAGAUGCACCUCCUGGACCAGCCGAGCAGGAUGAUGAGCAGCGCCCCUGGGAACGGACUCGCGUCUCCUCACUCACAGUACCACACCCCUCCCGUUCCUCAGGUCCCUCACAGCGGCAGUGGCGGCGGGCAGAUGGGAGUCUACCCUGGCAUGCAGAAUGAAAGGCACGGGCAGUCCUUUGUGGACAGUGGCUCCAUGUGGGGCCCCCGGGCUGUUCAGGUACCGGACCAGAUACGAGCCCCCUACCAGCAGCCACCGCAGCCGGCUCCGUCGGGGCCCCCCGGCCAGGGCCACCCUCAGCACAUGCAGCAGAUGGGCAGCUACAUGGCACGUGGGGAUUUUUCCAUGCAGCAGCACGGGCAGCCGCCGCAGAGGAUGAGCCAGUUUUCCCAAGGUCAAGAGGGCCUCAAUCAGGGAAACCCUUUCAUUGCCACCUCAGGACCCGGCCACCUGUCCCACGUGCCCCAGCAGAGUCCCAGCAUGGCACCUUCCCUCCGUCACUCAGUGCAGCAGUUCCACCACCACCCCCCCACUGCUCUCCAUGGGGAAUCCGUUGCCCACAGUCCCAGAUUCUCCCCUAAUCCUCCUCCACAAGGGGCUGUCAGGCCGCAAACCCUUAACUUUAGUUCUCGGAGCCAGACAGUCCCCUCACCUACUAUAAACAACUCAGGGCAGUAUUCUCGAUAUCCUUACAGUAACCUAAAUCAGGGAUUAGUUAACAAUACAGGGAUGAAUCAAAAUUUAGGCCUUACAAAUAAUACUCCAAUGAAUCAGUCCGUACCCAGAUACCCCAAUGCUGUAGGAUUCCCAUCAAACAGUGGUCAAGGACUAAUGCACCAGCAGCCCAUCCACCCCAGUGGCUCACUUAACCAAAUGAACACACAAACUAUGCAUCCUUCACAGCCUCAGGGAACUUAUGCCUCUCCACCUCCCAUGUCACCCAUGAAAGCAAUGAGUAAUCCGGCAGGUACUCCUCCUCCGCAAGUCAGGCCCGGAAGUGCUGGGAUACCAAUGGAAGUUGGCAGUUAUCCAAAUAUGCCCCACCCUCCACCGUCUCACCAGCCCCCUGGUGCCAUGGGAAUUGGACAGAGGAAUAUGGGCCCCAGAAACAUGCAGCCGUCGCGUCCAUUUAUGGGCAUGUCCUCAGCGCCGAGGGAGCUGGCCGGGCACAUGAGACCAAAUGGUUGCCCCGGUGUUGGCCUUGCAGAUCCACAAGCAAUCCAGGAGCGGCUGUUACCUGGCCAGCAGCACCCUGGUCAGCAGCCGUCUUUUCAGCAAUUGCCAACCUGCCCUCCGAUGCAGCCCCACCCGGGCUUGCACCACCAGUCUUCACCCCCACACCCGCAUCACCAGCCUUGGGCACAGCUCCACCCAUCGCCCCAGAACACCCCGCAGAAAGUGCCUGUGCCUCAGCAUUCUCCAUCGGAGCCCUUUCUAGAGAAACCAGUGCCGGAUAUGACUCAGGUUAGUGGACCGAACACCCAGCUAGUGAAGAGUGAGGAUUACCUGCCAUCCAUAGAGCAGCAGCCACAACAAAAGAAGAAGAAGAAGAAAAACAACCACAUUGUUGCAGAGGAUCCCAGUAAAAGUUUUGGUAAAGAGGACUUCCCUGGUGGGGUUGAUAACCAAGAACUAAAUAGGAAUUCACUAGAUGGGUCUCAAGAAGAGAAAAAGAAAAAGAAAAGGCCGAAGGCAAAAAAAGACCCGAAGGAACUGAAAGAACCCAAGGAGAAAAAAGAGCCCAAGGAACCCAAGACCCCGAAAGCCCCUAAGAUUCCCAAAGAGCCAAAGGAAAAGAAAGCAAAAACUGCCACGCCAAAACCCAAGUCCAGCAAAAAGUCCAGUAAUAAGAAACCUGAUUCAGAAGCAAGUGCUUUGAAGAAAAAGGUCAACAAGGGAAAAACAGAAGGUUCUGAAAAUUCAGACUUAGACAAAACGCCCCCACCAUCUCCUGAAGAAGAGGAGGACCCAGGUGUUCAGAAGAGACGGUCCAGCAGGCAGGUGAAGAGGAAGCGCUACACUGAAGACUUGGAGUUCAAGAUUUCUGAUGAGGAGGCAGAUGAUGCAGAUGCUGCUGGGAGAGACUCCCCCUCGAACACCUCGCAGUCAGAGCAGCAGGAAUCUGUUGAUGCAGAAGGUCCAUUGGUAGAAAAAAUCAUGAGUAGUCGUUCCGUGAAAAAACAGAAGGAAUCUGGAGAGGAGGUAGAAGUUGAGGAAUUCUAUGUGAAAUACAAAAACUUCUCUUAUCUUCAUUGUCAAUGGGCAUCUGUAGAAGAUCUGGAAAAAGAUAAGAGAAUUCAGCAAAAGAUUAAACGAUUUAAGGCAAAGCAGGGCCAGAACAAAUUCCUUUCAGAGAUUGAAGAUGAGCUUUUUAAUCCAGAUUAUGUGGAGGUUGACCGGAUAAUGGACUUUGCACGUAGCACAGAUGACCGGGGAGAGCCUGUGACUCACUACCUGGUGAAGUGGUGCUCCCUGCCUUAUGAGGACAGCACUUGGGAGCUGAGGCAGGACAUCGAUCAAGCCAAGAUCGAGGAGUUUGAAAAACUAAUGUCCAGGGAGCCGGAAACAGUGCGCGUGGAGCGACCUCCUGCUGAUGAUUGGAAGAAAUCGGAGAGUUCCAGGGAGUAUAAAAACAAUAACAAACUCAGGGAAUACCAGUUGGAGGGAGUAAACUGGCUACUUUUCAAUUGGUACAACAUGCGAAACUGCAUUUUAGCAGAUGAAAUGGGUUUGGGAAAAACUAUCCAGUCCAUUACAUUUCUCUAUGAGAUAUAUUUGAAAGGAAUCCAUGGCCCUUUUUUAGUAAUUGCCCCAUUGUCCACAAUCCCCAACUGGGAAAGGGAGUUCCGUACCUGGACAGAGUUGAACGUGGUUGUGUAUCAUGGGAGUCAAGCUAGUCGUCGGACCAUUCAGUUGUAUGAAAUGUACUUCAAAGAUCCCCAGGGUCGAGUGAUAAAGGGGUCCUAUAAGUUUCAUGCCAUCAUCACGACCUUCGAGAUGAUUUUGACUGAUUGUCCUGAGCUGCGGAAUAUUCCAUGGCGCUGUGUAGUCAUCGAUGAAGCCCACCGGUUGAAGAACAGGAACUGCAAGCUGCUGGAGGGACUCAAGAUGAUGGACUUGGAACACAAAGUGCUGCUGACGGGGACCCCGCUGCAGAACACCGUGGAGGAGCUCUUCAGCCUGCUCCACUUCUUGGAACCGAGUCGCUUCCCUUCAGAAACCACCUUCAUGCAGGAGUUCGGUGAUCUGAAAACAGAAGAACAGGUGCAAAAACUCCAGGCUAUUCUAAAGCCGAUGAUGUUGAGACGUCUCAAGGAGGAUGUAGAAAAGAACUUGGCCCCCAAAGAAGAAACUAUCAUUGAAGUUGAGCUAACAAACAUUCAGAAGAAGUAUUACCGAGCCAUCCUUGAGAAGAAUUUUACAUUUCUUUCCAAAGGUGGUGGUCAAGCUAACGUACCUAACCUUUUAAACACUAUGAUGGAACUACGCAAGUGCUGCAAUCAUCCGUACCUUAUUAACGGUGCUGAAGAGAAAAUUUUGGAAGAGUUUAAAGAAACACACAAUGCAGACUCUCCAGAUUUUCAGCUCCAGGCGAUGAUCCAGGCUGCUGGCAAGCUAGUGCUGAUUGACAAGCUGCUGCCAAAACUGAAGGCUGGUGGCCACAGGGUGCUUAUCUUUUCCCAGAUGGUGCGCUGCUUGGACAUACUGGAAGACUACCUCAUUCAAAGACGGUACCCGUACGAGAGGAUCGACGGCCGAGUGAGAGGCAACCUGCGCCAGGCAGCUAUUGACAGAUUCUCCAAACCCGACUCGGAUAGGUUUGUUUUCCUCCUGUGCACCCGGGCAGGCGGUUUAGGCAUUAAUCUUACUGCUGCUGAUACCUGCAUCAUCUUUGAUUCUGACUGGAAUCCCCAAAAUGACCUCCAGGCCCAGGCAAGGUGUCACAGGAUAGGACAGAGCAAAUCCGUGAAAAUCUACAGGCUGAUCACACGAAAUUCUUAUGAAAGGGAGAUGUUCGACAAGGCGAGUCUGAAGCUCGGUCUGGAUAAAGCUGUGCUGCAGUCCAUGAGCGGAAGGGAAAACGCCACCAACGGGGUGCAACAGCUUUCCAAGAAGGAAAUAGAGGAUCUUCUGCGAAAGGGGGCCUACGGUGCGCUCAUGGAUGAGGAGGACGAAGGGUCUAAAUUCUGCGAAGAAGAUAUCGACCAGAUUCUCCUGCGGCGAACCCACACCAUCACCAUCGAGUCUGAAGGGAAGGGCUCCACCUUUGCUAAGGCCAGUUUUGUUGCAUCUGGAAAUAGGACAGAUAUCUCCCUGGAUGACCCAAAUUUCUGGCAAAAGUGGGCUAAGAAAGCCGAGUUGGAUAUCGAUGCCUUAAAUGGGAGGAACAACCUGGUCAUCGACACCCCGAGGGUGAGGAAGCAGACCAGGCUGUACAGUGCGGUGAAGGAGGACGAGCUGAUGGAGUUCUCAGACCUGGAGAGCGACUCCGAGGAGAAGCCCUGUGCGAAGCCCCGGCGGCCGCAGGACCGGUCCCAGGGCUAUGCCAGGAGCGAGUGCUUCCGGGUGGAGAAGAACCUGCUCGUCUACGGCUGGGGGCGGUGGACGGACAUCCUUUCCCACGGACGCUACAAACGCCAGCUCACUGAGCAGGAUGUGGAGACCAUCUGCAGGGCCAUCCUCGUGUACUGCCUCACCCAUUACAAGGGGGACGAGAACAUCAAGAGCUUCAUCUGGGACCUGAUCACGCCCACGGCCGACGGCCAGACGCGCGCCCUGGUCAACCACUCCGGUUUAUCAGCCCCAGUGCCGAGGGGAAGAAAGGGGAAGAAGGUGAAAGCCCAGAGCUCACACCCAGUGGUGCAGGACGCCGACUGGCUGGCCGGCUGCAACCCCGAUGCGCUGUUCCAGGAGGACAGCUACCGGAAGCACCUGAAGCACCACUGCAACAAGGUCCUGCUGCGUGUCCGCAUGCUGUACUACCUACGACAAGAAGUGAUAGGAGACCAGGCAGAUAAGAUCUUAGAGGGUGCUGACUCAAGUGACGCUGAUGUGUGGAUACCUGAGCCUUUCCACGCCGAGGUCCCCACAGAUUGGUGGGAUAAGGAGGCGGAUAAGUCACUCCUAAUUGGGGUGUUCAAACACGGCUACGAGAAGUACAACUCCAUGCGCGCAGACCCCGCACUGUGCUUCCUGGAACGAGUGGGUAUGCCCGAUGCCAAGGCCAUCGCUGCCGAGCAGAGAGGAACAGACAUGCUAGCAGAUGGCGGUGACGGGGGAGAAUUUGAUAGAGAAGAUGAAGACCCGGAAUAUAAACCAACCCGAACGCCGUUCAAGGAUGAAAUAGAUGAAUUUGCCAAUUCUCCUCCCGAAGAGAAGGAAGAGUCUGUGGAACUACGCACCACGGGCAAGCACAGCGAGAGCAACGCUGAGUUAGGCCAACUUGUCUGGCCUAGCACCUCAACCCUGACCACCCGUCUGCGCCGGCUCAUCACUGCCUAUCAGCGCAGCUAUAAGAGGCAGCAGCUGCGGCAGGAGGCCCUGACGAAGACGGACCGGCGGAGGCGGCGGCCUCGGGAGGAAGUGAGAGCACUGGAAGCGGAAAGGGAAGCUAUAAUCUCUGAGAAACGGCAAAAGUGGACGAGAAGAGAAGAGGCUGACUUUUACCGCGUGGUAUCCACUUUUGGGGUUAUUUUUGACCCCAUGAAACAGCAGUUUGAUUGGAACCAGUUUCGAGCCUUUGCCAGACUGGACAAAAAGUCUGAUGAAAGCCUGGAGAAAUACUUCAGUUGCUUUGUGGCCAUGUGUAGGCGCGUGUGUCGAAUGCCCACCAAGCCAGAUGAUGAACCUCCAGAUCUCUCCAUGAUUGAGCCCAUCACAGAAGAGCGUGCCUCUAGAACUCUCUACCGCAUCGAACUGCUCCGGAAAAUUCGUGAGCAGGUUCUCCAUCACCCCCAACUGGGGGAGAGGCUGAAGCUCUGCCAGCCGAGCCUGGACCUGCCGGAGUGGUGGGAGUGCGGACGGCACGACCGAGACUUGCUGGUGGGCGCCGCUAAACAUGGGGUCAGUCGGACAGACUAUCACAUCCUCAACGACCCCGAGCUGUCCUUCUUGGAUGCGCACAAAAACUUUGCGCAGAACAGAGGGCCUGGCAAUAUUUCGGCCUUGAACCCACUGGCAGUGGGAUUUGGCCAGACUCCAGCAGUCGUCUCGUCCGCUCAUAUUCAGGAGGAAAAGGGGACGGGACAGACAGAGGGCAAAGGGGAGGAGCCUGAACACGCGGCCACCCAAGAGAAACCCGCCACGAAAGCGGAGGAGGAGGAACCCGAGGCCGGGGAUGAGGACCAUAAGGAGGACUGUGCUGCCGAGGCCAGCUCUGUCAAACAGGAGCUGAAAGGCAUGGAGGUCGGCGCAGAUUCAGGGCCCAAGUCAAUUUCCGAGAAAGGUUCGGAAGAGGACGAGGAAGAAAAGCUGGAGGAUGAUGACAAGUCGGAAGAAUCUUCUCAGCCUGAAGGAGCUGUCUCUAGGGGGAAGCAUUUUGAUGAAGAAAGCAAUGCUUCUAUGAGCACUGCCAGGGACGAGACCCGAGAUGGGUUCUACAUGGAGGACGGGGACCCAUCGGUAGCUCAGCUCCUUCAUGAAAGAACAUUUGCCUUCUCAUUUUGGCCUAAGGAUCGAGUAAUGAUAAACCGAUUAGACAAUAUCUGUGAAGCGGUGUUGAAAGGCAAAUGGCCAGUAAAUCGGCGCCAGAUGUUUGAUUUCCAGGGCCUCCUCCCCGGCUACACGCCGCCCACUGUGGACAGCCCCCUGCAGAAGCGGAGCUUUGCGGAGCUCUCCGCAGUCGGCCAGGCCAGCGUCAGUGGGAGCGAGGACCUCACCACUUCUCCCCAGUUGUCAAAGGAAGAUGCUCUCAAUCUCGCUGUCCCUCGCCAGCGGAGGAGGAGGAGGAGGAAAAUUGAAAUCGAGGCCGAAAGAGCUGCCAAGCGGAGAAACCUCAUGGAGAUGGUGGCCCAGCUUCGGGAGUCUCAGGUGGUCUCAGAAAAUGGACAAGAAAAAGUUGUAGAUUUAUCGAAGGCCUCCAGAGAGGCAACAAGCUCUACCUCAAAUUUUUCAUCUCUUACUUCAAAGUUUAUCUUGCCUAACGUCUCAACGCCAGUGUCCGAUGCCUUUAAGACUCAGAUGGAGCUGCUGCAGGUGGGCCUGUCGCGCACGCCCACGAGGCACCUGCUCAACGGCUCCCUCGUGGACGGGGAGCCCCCCAUGAAAAGGAGGCGGGGGAGGAGGAAAAACGUGGAGGGCCUCGAUCUGCUUUUCAUGAGCCACAAACGGACGUCACUGAGUGCAGAGGAUGCUGAGGUGACCAAAGCUUUCGAAGAAGAUAUAGAGACCCCACCAACACGAAACAUUCCUUCUCCUGGACAGCUGGACCCCGACACACGGAUCCCUGUUAUAAAUCUCGAAGAUGGGACGAGGCUGGUGGGGGAUGACGCUCCUAAAAAUAAGGACUUGGUGGAAUGGCUGAAGCUGCACCCUGCUUACACUGUUGAUAUGCCAAGUUACGUACCAAAGAAUGCGGAUGUGCUGUUUUCCUCAUUUCAGAAACCGAAACAGAAACGACAUAGAUGUCGAAACCCUAACAAAUUGGAUAUAAACACUUUGACAGGAGAGGAAAGGGUGCCCGUCGUCAAUAAACGAAAUGGAAAGAAGAUGGGCGGGGCGAUGGCACCUCCCAUGAAGGAUCUGCCCAGGUGGCUGGAAGAAAACCCUGAGUUUGCAGUUGCUCCCGACUGGACUGACAUCGUUAAGCAGUCUGGUUUUGUUCCCGAGUCGAUGUUUGACCGUCUUCUCACUGGACCUGUGGUGAGGGGAGAGGGAGCGAGCCGACGAGGAAGAAGGCCCAAGAGCGAAAUUGCCAGAGCGGCCGCCGCCGCCGCCGCCGUGGCCUCCACGUCGGGAAUCAACCCUCUGCUGGUGAACAGCCUGUUUGCAGGGAUGGACCUCACGAGCCUUCAGAACCUCCAGAGCCUCCAGUCUCUCCAGCUGGCGGGGCUCAUGGGCUUCCCUCCCGGACUGGCCACAGCUGCCGCGGCCGGAGGCGACGCCAAGAACCCUGCGGCCGUGCUGCCCCUGAUGCUGCCGGGCAUGGCGGGCCUGCCCAACAUGUUUGGCCUGGGCGGGCUGCUCAACAGCCCCCUGUCCACUGCUGCUGGGAACACCACUACUGCGUCCAGUCAGGGAGACCCGGACGAUGGCACUUGCAAGGGGGAGGAGAAGGGCAAUGAGAACGAGGAGGAGAGCAAAGACCCCGAGAAAAGCACAGACGCUGUUUCGGCUACUGACUCUGCGAAUGGUCCCGUUGGUGCUGCUACUGCCUCGACCGGAUUGCCCUCCAACCCGCUCGCCUUCAACCCUUUCCUCCUGUCCACCAUGGCCCCAGGCCUCUUCUACCCUUCCAUGUUUCUACCUCCGGGGCUGGGAGGAUUGACGCUGCCCGGGUUCCCCGCGCUGGCAGGACUGCAGAACACCGUGGGCUCGGGCGCGGAGAAGGGCCCCGACAAGGCCGAGGGGGCGGCCUUUCAGGAAGAGGAGCACCUCGAGGCCAGCGACGCCGAGGAGAACCUGGACAAGACGGCGGAGUCCUCCGUCCUCGAAGACGAAAUAGCACAGGGUGAAGAGCUGGACUCGCUGGAUGGCGGGGAGGAACUAGAAAACAAUGAGAAUGACGAGUAACCAGUCCCAGUUCCCGUUCAAGUGUUUAAAACUUUUGACAAGUGGUAGUCCUACUGUUUACACUCACAGUUAAUGUUCAUACCUAGUUUUAUAAGCUGUUCUGUAACAUAGUGUAGCAAAAAGAAAAAAAGAAGAAAAAAAAAGUCCAAGUCAUGUUAUACAGGUGUGUCAAAAGGUAUCUUGGUCCUUAAGUAUUGUGCAGUGCAUUAUUUAUUACCCCUAGGAGAGAUGAAAUUUGAGAGGUGAUCAUGUCUUUUUAAGGAAAACUUACAUAAUGCUCUGCUUCGUUUCCUCUUCGUGUGGUACCAUUGGUAUUAUAAUAAAGAGCAAUUUGUAACGGGGCGGCACUCACGGAAGGACGCGCCGCUCGAAGGAAGUAUGAAGUUAUAUAUUUAAUUUUUUUAAUUUUAAUUUCGUUGCUGUGAAGGUCAGAUGAAAUUUACCGUACAUAUCAUCCUUGCUCAUUGGUUUCCCUUUCUGACUGUCUGGGGUGCCCACACUCGCGCAUACACACACACACACACACACACACACACAUCCGUACACUCUGACAAUCUCCACGUUAGUGUGAACGUCUCCGUCCCGAGGCGCAGCAAUAAUAAGGCAGCUGUUGAAUGUGAAGGGUCCCUUUGGAAAUUAACCUACUGGGAGGGUUCUCGCCAGAUAGAACUACAGUUCCAUUGUCUCGUGGUCUUGUAAUGCACUGGUAUAAACAAAAUAAAUAGAUGAAUAAAUAAAAGAGUGAGAGACUAGAGAAUCAGGUACCUUUUUUUUUUAAAUUAAAGGACUUCGUUACUUUAGCCACAAAGCUAAAACAGCAUUACCUCAGCUCUAAACUAGCCUUGAAGUUUACAGACAUGACUUUGUAAAUGUAUUGUUUUUCUUUGUUGUGAUGUCCUUUUAUUUUUUUCCUUUGAAAACUGCUAUCAUGUAAGAUAAACUGUAAAUUGCUGCCAACUGUAGUAAUGAUGCUUUUAAUAAAAGUGACCCAUGAUAUGCAGAAAUGUAAUUAUAGGAUGUAGUGUGUAGGGGAACUGGUGUUGGCUCUAUUUUUUGUCUUUGCAAUAGAUGCAAAUACAGCAUUCUGGCCUUUG